CCUCGCUUGCCUUGCCUCCCGCUUUUCCUCUUUCCCCGCCUCCUGCCUCACCUGCCUCACAUUUCCUCCAUCUGCUCCGUGUUUCAAGCUAGCCGUGUCCCCGCGUUUCACGCCAGCCGUCCACGGAUCACCCUCUCGCCUUGCACAAUCGAGCCGGUUCAGAUUGAAAUAAUCUUAUUUCUAAUAUCAUAGGCCUUUCGCGGCGCAUGGGUUCGUCCGCACGGCGUUCUCUCGCGUUUCUGAAAUCAGUGCCGACUCGUUUUUGAAGCUGAGGAUGUCGGGAACGCUGAUUGGUCAGGAGUUGGAGCCGUCUCUCCUCGUGGACUCGGACAUACACGCGCCGCGAGAUGCGGAGGCGCAUCCGACUCAGCAUGCGCCGCAGCAGCAGUUUAGCGGGAAGAUGGAGUACAACUACCUUCAGCGCGUGAAAGUGUACCGCCUCAACGACGACGGCAAGUGGGACGACAAGGGCACCGGCCACGUCUCCGUCGAGUAUCUCGAGCGGUCGGACGCCAUCGGGCUGGUGGUGAUCGACGAGGACGACAACGCCACGCUGCUCGUGCACCGCAUCUCCACUGAUGACAUCUACCAGCGCCAGGAAGACACGAUCAUCUCGUGGACCGAUCCCGAGGUGGCCACAGACCUGGCGCUCAGCUUCCAGGAGAGCAUGGGGUGCGCCUAUAUCUGGGACCAGAUCUGCAACGUGCAGCGGCAGAUUCAGCUGCCCUCCGUCCUCGCGACGGAGAUCGCCAAGGACUCAUCGGAGCUGCCUGCUGUGGAGAUGCGCACGCUGCCCGCCAUUGUCAAGUUGGUGACGGACGUGUCGCCCUUCCACCGGGACCGCAUGGCGUCUCUCAUCCUCCGCGAGGGCUACGUGCCGCGGCUGCUGGCACUCUUCCGUGCGUGUGAGGAGGCUCAAGACACGGCCGCCCUGCACCACCUCUACCACGUCUUCAAAGGGCUCGUGCUGCUGAACGACUCGCAGCUGUUCGACCUGCUCUUCGCACACGAUGCCAUUUUGGACGUCAUAGGCGCGCUGGAGUACGACCCCGACCUCCCCUGUCGGCAGCAGCACCGGCAGUUCGUGCAGCAGCAGGUGGUGUACAGAGAGGCGAUCCCCAUCCCCGACGCUAACCUGCAGUCCAAGAUCCACCAGACGUACCGCCUCGGGUACAUCAAGGAUGUGAUUCUACCGAGGGCUCUAGAUGACCAGACGUUCAGCAGCAUUAACUCGCUCAUUCUCUUCAAUAACGUGGAGGUUGUCUCCAGUCUGCAGGGCAACAAGCCCUUUCUGGCUGACCUCUUUGCACGGCUGCGCUCUACUGACCCCCACUCGCUUCAGUUCACUGACCUCGUGCGCUUCCUGCAGGAGUUCUGCGCGCUGCACAAGCACCUGCAGCUCGCCCAGCGCACCUCCUUCUUCAGCGCGCUGAUAGGGCUGGGGCUGUUUGAGGUGUGCACGCUCGUCAUGCAGCACGCCCACCAGUCCGUGCGCCUCUCAGGCAUCGACAUCCUCAUGUCGCUGAUGGUGCCGGACCCCGCCCCUCUGCGCACCUUCCUCGUGGAGCAACCCAACCACGCUCUACUCUCAUCCCUGGUGCGCGGCAUGGUGGCGUGCAGGGAGGCGGAGGGCGGGCUGCAUGCGCAGCUGCUGGAGAUGCUGCGGAUGCUGCUGGACACUGAUACCAUGGACGCGGCGGACAAGAGCAAGUUUCUGGACCUCUUCUACGAGGACUAUCUUCAGCUGCUCAUCUCAGCCGUUGUUGCCGGCACCAACGCAUCCCAGCCAUCCACACGCCCCUCUGCUGCCCAUGAUUCCACCGGGUUUACGAAGAAGAGGGGGGUAGCGCUAGGGAGAGCGGGUGGGGAAGGGAGCGGGCGGGAGGGUGGAGAAGCAGGGAGGGGAACAGGAGGCAGGGGUGGUGACGCGGAGACAGCAGAGAGCGAUGGGCCUGAGGGAGGUGGCGCCAAGGGGAGUGGAGAGCAGGGGGAUGCAGAUGGUGAGGAGAGAAGAGGCUGUGAGGGGGAUGGCAGUGGGGGUGGAGGUGGGCAGGUGUCGCCUUCACCAGAUGUGCUGACGAGCAUCUGCGAUCUGCUGUGCUUCUGCGUGCAGCACCACAGCUUCCGCAUGAAGUACUACGUGCUGCGCAACAACGUGGUGGAGAAGGUGCUUCGUCUCACCCACCGCCAUGAGAAGUACCUCUCGGUGGCGGCCAUCCGCUUCCUGCGCACAUGCGUGGGGCUCAAGGACGACUUCUACGUGCGCUAUCUGGUGAAGAACCGCCUGCUGGACCCCGUGAUGGCGGCCUUCCGAGCCAAUGGCGCGCGCUACAACCUCCUCAACUCGGUGGUGCUGGAGCUCAUGGACUUCGUCAGGAAGGAGAACGUGAGGCCCCUGGUGGCGUACAUAGUGGAGUCAUACGGCUCAUGGCUGGACGGCAUUGACUACGUUGACUCCUUCAAGCUGCUGCGACUCAAAUACGAGCAGAACCUCGAGCCUAACCGACCAGCUGUGCCUCCCCCAGUUGUGAUCAUCCCCCCCUCCGCCUCCUCCCACCACCACCACUCGCAUCACCAUCAUCACCACCACCAGCAGGAGCAGCAGCAGCAGUUGCACCAUCCCCACGCCUCCCCUCCAUCAUCUUCCCACCUUGCCUCUGCUGCUGACGCUUCUCUUGCUGCUGUCAGCCAUGACAACGACUCUGCUAACGACGCUGCCACUGACUCUCAAGCUCACACUAACGCUCACACUGAUGCUGCUCGUGAUAGUGAUGCUGCUGAUGCUGCUGAUGGUGAUGAUGGUGAUGAUGGUGCGAGAGAUGAUGCUGAUGAUGGAGAUGACAACGAGGAGGAGGGGGGCCGUGAUGAUGAUGACAGCGAUAGUGAUGCUGAGGCUAAUGACGCGGAUGCUAAUGACGUGGCUCACAACAGGCCGGAUCAACAAUUUCAGCAGCCACUCCAACCCUCAAGAGAUCAGAUGCGACCGAGCCUUGCUGGUUCGGCAGCAGGCUCGGCGCUGGGUGUGGUGCCUGUCUUGGCAGGGGAGUGGGAUGGGGGUGGCGACGGGGGAAGGGGAGAGGAGGUGGGGGGUGGGAGGGGGAGAGGGAGAGGGAGAGGGAGAAGGCGUGGGCGCAGGCAUGAGGGGGAGGCGGAGGGGGGAGUGGUGGAGAUUGGGUACAGCAGCUGCUUUGGCCGGGAUGGCAGUGACGACGACGACGAGCCAGAGACAGCAGCCGCAACGGUGCCUAGAGCCCACUCUCCCCCGCUCCUCCCCUCCCACCCGCUGCCCCCGCUCCACCUCCCUGCUCCCCUCCUCCACCCCCCUCGCCUGCCCCCUCACCAAUCCCUCUCCCCCACGGCCCGCCGACCAUUCUCCCGAUCGCCCUCUCCUCCUCUGGGGCGGCCAUCUUUGUCCCCACCCGCCCGUCCUUUGUCCCCAUCUGCCCGCCUCGCCCUCUCACGAUCGCCCUCUCCGCCCCGGCCGCUGCCCACUCUGCCGCCCGUAAACGGCACCAUCUGCAACGACGCCCUCAGGAAACGGGCCCAGGGGCUGCUGGACCCAAGUGCAGCGCAGGCAGCGGGGGGUGCGGGUGUCAGGGGAGAGCGCAGCGGGGAGCCGGCAGUGGAAGGAGCUGGACGAGCAGGGGGGGCAGGAGGCAGGGGGGAAGGAGGUGGGGGGGGAGGAGCAGGAGAAGGGGAGACGAGAGAGAGAGGCAAUGAGGUGGGGAAUGGCCCGACAGAGACAGAGGGAGGGGAGGAGGGGAUGUUCAGAGGCGAGGGGAUGUCUUGCAACCCCUCCUCCCCCUCCCCUUCGCCCUCCCUUGCUCGAAAGCGCAAGUCGGUAGAGAGGGGAUUGGCGGGUGAGGGGGACGGAGCAGAGGCAGGGGCUUGUCGGGGGAGGAAGCAGCUGUGUGUUGUGGUGGGUGGGGGGGAGGGGGGGGGCGAUGAGGAGGAGGGGGGGAGAGACAAUGCAGUGGGCGGCCCAAGAUCAGGUAGCGACUCUCAAGGUGCACGCCCCAAAACCACAAGCCCUAAGAGCUCGAGCCCUGAAUUGAAAGCAACGAAGCCCGGCAGUCCUAAGGGUGGCAGUCCCACGGACGGCAGUCCCAAGGCCAGCAGUCCCAAGAGCGGAAGUCCCAAGGGCGACAGUCCCAAGGGCGGCAGCCCCAAGGGUGGCAGUCCCAAGGGUGGCAGUCCCAAGCGCGUGGGGAGUGGAGGGGAUGCGGGCAGGAGGGCAAUGGGCAUGAGGAGACGGUUUCUGCAGGUGCACACACAGGAGAAAUCCACAGAGGCGCUGCUGGGGGAGGUGGCACCUGGGGGAGGGGCGCCCAUAGGGAAGUUAGGGGCCAUGGGGAGGGGAGAGCCGACUCUAGGUGUGUGCUCCCCUCGACCUGUGACUGAGAGCCGGUGGGGGGGAGUGAGGGGGAAGGGGAGAGGGAGGGGAGGGGGUGGGGAGGGUGAUGAGGAGGAUGAGGAUGAUGAGGAGUGGGCAGCACGGCUGGCGAGGGCAGAAGAGGAGGAGGCGAGGAUGGAGGCACGUGGGAGAGAUGGGGGGGAUGGGGGUGAAGGGAGUGAUAAGACAGGUGGUGGUGUCGAGGGAGCGAGGGAAGAAGGAAGGGUGGAGGGGGAGUGUGCAGGUGGUGAGGCAGAAGGAGGGUGUGCAACAGCUGAUGUGGCGGGCAAGGGUGGCGAGAAUAAUGAUGAUGAUGAUGAUGAUGGGGAGAGGGGGGCGGCCACGGGCGGAGAUGAGAGGAGGGACGAGCAGCAAGCACACGGGGAGAAUGCAGACAGCAGCGCGGCAGUCAGAGCAGCAGGCGCGACCGGUGCCGGCGCGGUAGGUGCAGGCGCCACAGCAGUUGCAGAAGGCGCUGCUGUAGAGGCGUUUAGAGUGAGAUAACGAGGGUGUGAGAAGCAGUGCAGCCCUGCUAUGGGAUGUGCUGUUAACAGAAAUGCAUAUAGUGGAGAUGCCCUCAAGCAUCAAGGUACGGUAGGUGCUGGGUUUGCUGCAGUUGGGCCAUGAGAAGAGAGCCGGGCCGGGUACAUGUGGCGGGUGGGUGGGUACAUGCACAAACAACUGUUUUCAUCAUCCACGAAUGCUGAACUUGGGCUUUGUG